GGCUGGCGCUCUAGCAUUUUGGAAAGCGUAUCCAUAACAAAGAUGGCGCCGCCCGGCUAGUGAUGUCGCUUCCGCUUAUGUUAUGUAAGGAUAGGGUGCUACAGCUGACUGCUGGGAUGCUGCGGCUUGUGUGUCGGCGUUAUUUGAUUCGGUGGUCUACCACCGGGGUAAAAGCGGUGACGGGCAGAUUUCUCACCUCGGAACCCAGCCGGUCCGAGCAAGCCCCGUGCGCUUGGCCCCAGGAAAAGAUAGACCGCUUCGGGGGAGUUACGGUCCGGCUGCGGCCUCAUCAUGAUCUGGACGAAGCCGGCUUCAAGAGCUGGCUACAUGAAUCUAUUAAAGCAUGGAGGGAAGAUGGCAGAAUUGCAGUAUGGCUGCACGUUCCGAUCAUUCUUAGCAGGCUGAUAACCUCCGCUGCCUCCGAGGGGUUUACUUUUCAUCAUGCAGAACGUGACACAUCUACUCUUACGCUCUGGUUAAAGGAUGGGCCAAGCAAACUGCCUGGAUACGCAACACACCAAGUCGGGGUGGCAGGAGCUGUUCUCGAUGAGGACACUGGGAAAGUAUUGGUAGUGCAGGAUAGAAAUAAGACUUUGAACACAUGGAAGUUUCCCGGAGGACUCUCUGAUCCCGGUGAAGAUAUUGGAGUUACUGCAGUUCGGGAAGUGUUUGAAGAAACAGGCAUCACAUCAGAAUUUAAAUCCCUCUUGAGCAUAAGACAACAACACAAUCACCCAGGAGCCUUUGGGAAGUCAGACAUGUAUAUUAUUUGUCGCCUAAAGCCUCUGUCAUACCAGAUAAAUUUCUGCCCCCAGGAGUGCCUAAAGUGUGAGUGGAUGGACCUCCAAGAACUGGCAUACUGUAGCGAUACAACCCCCAUCACCAGCAGGAUUGCUAAACUGCUGCUCUAUGGCUACAAGGAAGGUUUCCAUAACGUCGACCUAGCUAUGAGGACACUUCCAGCUGUUUACUCAGGGCUUUUCUAUUCUCUCUACCAUAAGGAACUGCCGGAGGCCUAUGAAAGCAAGCGGGGCCUCUAAGAAGCUUCACAUUUUAAUUCUUUAUUAACCAAGGCAUUGUAAUGUCGUUUUAUACCAACAUGGUGCAUAGAUAAGAUCUGGAAUGCUGUAUCUGGGAGCAGCUC